UUAGAGAGAGAAAGCCAUCUAUCAGAAAUAGAGAGAGAGAGAGAGAGAGUUUUUAGCAUGAAUUUACGAGUAAGCCAAAAAAAGUGUACUGAAAGUUUGGUAAUUUUAGAAAUUCCGCGUCAUUUGACAGUAACAGAUUUGAAUGGACUCCGAAAAAUGAGAGAGAGAGAGAGAGGGAAGAGAGAGAAAGUUCUGAGACUGGGAAGAGAGAGAAAGACCAGGAAUGCUGAAUGCACGAUGUUAGGUAGAGAGAGAAGCCAGGAAGAUUUGUUUGUCGAGAGAGAGAAAGACAGAAACUGAAUGCACGAUGUUAGAGAGAGAAGCCAGGAAGAUUGGUUUGUCACUUUGUCUUGUUUGUAUCUAUGAAGAUUCGGAAUGCAUACUGAAGAUUCCAAAUGCAUAAAACAUUUAGAGAGAGAGAGAGAGAGAGAGAGAGCCGUUAUAGCAUUCGAAAGAAAACUUCCUGCGUACUUUUACAGAGAGAGAGAGAUGGAUUGGUUGCUUGGUAGGAAGGGGCCAUCAGGUUUCUCAUAUUCUUCCACAGCAGAGCAAGUUACAGAGGGAAUUGAUGCUACUGGUCUCACUGCCAUUGUUACAGGUGCUUCAAGUGGUAUAGGUAUUGAGACUGCCCGUGUUCUUGCACUGAGAGGAGCACAAGUAAUCAUCGCAGUCAGGAAUGUGGCUGCUGGUCAGGAGGUUAAAGAAGGGAUAAUUAAGGAAAACACUUCAGCAAAGCUUGAUGUUAUGGAGUUAGAUCUUAGUUCCAUGGCAUCUGUAAGGAAGUUUGCAUCGGAAUUCAUUUCGUUGGAUCUUCCUCUUAAUAUUCUCAUUAACAAUGCAGGGAUUAUGGCAACACCAUUCAUGCUUUCCCAGGAUGGAAUAGAACUGCAAUUUGCCACCAAUCACUUAGGCCAUUUCCUUUUGACAAACCUUCUGUUGGAGACCAUGAAAAAUACUGCUAGGAAAUGCAAAACUGAAGGAAGAAUUGUGAAUGUUUCAUCUUAUGCUCACACAUUUUCUUAUCAAGAGGGAAUCCGGUUUGAACAUAUCAAUGACAGUUCAAGGUACACUCGUUGGGGAGCAUAUGGCCAAUCAAAGCUUGCAAAUAUACUCCAUGCAAAUGAGCUGGCUAAGCAUUUACAGGAAGAAGGGGUGGAAGUAACUGCAAAUUCGCUACAUCCAGGAUCCAUUGUGACAAAUCUUUUGCGCUAUCACAGCUUUGUAAAUGCUAUCGUUCUUAGAUUUGGCAAACUCGUUUUGAAAAAUGCACAACAGGGAGCAGCAACAACAUGUUAUGUUGCAUUGCAUCCACAAGUUAAAGGGGUCACUGGAAAGUAUUUUUCAGAUAGUAAUUUUGAAAAACCAAGCAACCUGGCCACAAACACAGAGUUGACCAAGAAAUUGUGGGACUUCUCUAUGGGCCUUAUCAAUUGAUGCUUUCCGAAGCUGAAUUUAAACAUUUUAGAUAUUCUGCAUCCGCAGUUGGCUAGAUUUGUUUGGGUCAUAUGCAGUAAGCAUUUGUUUGUUAAAUACCAGUAGUUUGGUUCAAUCAAGUACAGUGAGAUCAUAAUUAACAAAAAAGAAUAUAAUUGUGCAGUAAGCAUGUAGUUUCUCUC